GCCAUCGCGCUGGACCCAAACAGCGCCGUCUACUUCUCCAACCGAUCCGCCGCCUACGCGGCCCUCGAGCGCUGGCGCGAGGCGCUCGACGACGCCGUGGAGGCGUGCAGCCUCAAGCCAGACUGGGGCAAGGGCCAUCUACGGUCGCGCGGCGGCGGCCAGCCACCGCCCUGCCGCCCGCCGACUGAGAGGCACCCACUCCUGGCCUCAGGCGCGGCGCCGCGCUGGGCGCGAUGCGCAAGCACGAGGAGGCGCGCAAGGCGUACCUGA